ACUCCAGACCCACCCCUGCAAAUUACCACUUAUCUUAUCAUGCCAGCACUACCCACACCGUCCCUCUGCUGCUGCUGCUGCUGCUGCUCGUCGUCGUAAAGAGUACCGUUCGACCGCUUGCUGCAGCAUCCGGCUUCUCCGAUCCACUGUCACCACGGCCUCCUGCAUCUGCUUAUGCUACACCGCUCCGACGGUACGCCAUCCAAGUCGCUUCACGGUACACCAUCUUGAGUCGCGUUGAGUCCACAACCUAGAUCACGCGAAACCGGGCCAAACCAUCGCUCAAACAUCAUGGCAUCAACCGCUCCACCCGCCCCCAUACCCACCGUCUACCGCUUCGUCUUCUGCUGGCUGGAGCCCGCUUCCAUCCUUCUAGGUGCCAUCUACGCCUUUUUCUUCCAAUCCACCUACCUGGACUUGACCCAUGCAGCCAGCUCACCGGGCCUCCCGGUCCCAAUCUCAACAUCCAUAGUCAUGUCACAGUUAGCGAAUUUGUACCUUGGACUUGCUUUUUUGGAAGCCUCGAUCCUGCGCGCCACAGCGGACGUAAAAGUCUGGAAGACCUUCAUAGUCGGUUUGCUUCUCGCCGACCUAGGCCAUUUAUUCUCUGUGUUGCCGGUCGGAAGCGAGAUCUACUGGGCCUUUUGGCGAUGGAACGCCAUCGAUCUGGGGAACGUCCCGUUUGUUUACUUCUUAGCGGUGACGCGCAUUUGCAUGCUUCUUGGCGUCGGCUUCCAGAAGGAAGGUGUGAGAUCGAAGAUGACAUGAAUGUGCACUGGCAACAGAAUGCAAAAAAGACAACCCCCAUGUAUACAUUUGU